GGGCCGGACCCGUGGGCCGACCGAGGCCAGUGUCCCGGGUUCGCGCGGGCGGGGCAGUGGCUCCGCGCAUGCUCCGCUCGCUGGCCCUCCGCGGUCGCCGGGCUCGGGAGGCGCCGGUAGCACCGGGAGCCAUCACAUGGCGCAGGCGGGGAACACUGGCCCAGGGGCCGGGGGCCAUCGCGGCGCGGGCGCGGCCCUGCGGGGCGCGCCUUGGCUCUGGGCCCUGGCGCUGCUCUGGCUGGCGACAGCGGCGGGCGUCCCCUCCCGGCGCCAGUGGCCGGUACCCUACAAACGAUUUUCCUUCCGUCCGGCACCAGAUCCUUAUUGUCAAGCUAAGUAUACUUUCUGUCCAACGGGCUCACCUAUCCCCGUUCUGAAGGAUGAUGAUGUCGUUGACGUCUUUCGGUUACAAGCCCCAGUAUGGGAAUUUAAAUAUGGAGACCUCCUGGGACACUUGAAAAUUAUGCACGAUGCGAUUGGAUUCAGGAGCGCUUUAACCGGCAAGAACUACACAAUGGAAUGGUAUGAACUUUUCCAACUUGGAAACUGCACAUUUCCCCAUCUCCGACCUGAAAUGAAUGCCCCUUUCUGGUGUAAUCAAGGAGCUGCCUGCUUCUUUGAAGGAAUUGACGAUAAUCACUGGAAGGAAAAUGGGACAUUAGUUCAAGUAGCAACCAUAUCAGGUAACAUGUUUAACAAAAUGGCAACGUGGGUAAAACAGGACAAUGAAACUGGGAUUUAUUAUGAGACAUGGACUGUCCGAGCCAGCCCAGAAAAAGGGGCGGCGACAUGGUUUGAAUCCUACGACUGUUCCAAAUUUGUGUUAAGGACGUAUAAGAAGUUGGCUGAACUUGGAGCAGAGUUCAAGAAUAUAGAAACCAACUACACAAGAAUAUUUCUUUACAGUGGAGAACCUACUUAUUUGGGAAAUGAAACAUCUGUUUUUGGGCCAACAGGAAACAAGACUCUUGCUUUAGCCAUAAAAAGAUUUUAUUACCCCUUCAAACCACAUCUGUCAACUAAAGAAUUUCUGUUGAAUCUCUUGCAAAUUUUCAAUGCAGUGAUUAUACACAGACACUUCUAUUUGUUUUAUAAUUUUGAGUAUUGGUUUUUACCUAUGAAAUUCCCUUUUAUUAAAAUAACAUAUGAAGAAAUCCCUUUAUAUAACAGAAACAAGACACUCUGGUUUAUAAAACCUUAAUUCUACUGCUUUUUUUCCUUCUACCACCAGCAGAUCAAUUUUCCAGGAAGUGUUUUUUACAUUUGUGUUUCUUCGGCCUUUCUUCGGUAAGGCAGAAAGGUAAAAUGAAGAUGGACAGAAUUGCUGCAUAAUAAUUAACUCAGGAAUUGUUUUGGAAAGUUGAAACUCUUACAAUGUUGGCCAAAGUGAGCACGUUACAUGAUCUUGAUUUAAUCUCCAAGGCUGUGUUAAUACAGAGCAUUAUUAUAGUUUAUAUCAGCUAUAUAGGCUUUUUGGACCCAACAUUUUAAAAUUGUGGAUACCAUGUGCCAAGAUUUUAAAGUGUGCCAAGAUUUUAAAAUUACCCUCGGUGACAUUUUCAUGGUGGGAGAUACCUUCUUCUGGUACGGUACUUAUAGGUUUUUCAUUUAAGUACUUUUUGGUAGUUUAGACUGACUUUAUGGCUCUUACAAUUUUUGAAACUGUACUGUUUGUUUUUGUUCCAUUCACUUAACCUUAAAGACUAAUUUGGACACCAUAGCUAGAGUGGUUGUGCUUCCAGAUGUAGUAAAUACAUUGAUGAAGACCACAAGUUUCUGGCUAGUGUUUACUUUGAGCUGGCAGCACAGUGUUUCUGUAGUUCUUCAAACAUGUAGGGCGGGGAAGUAUCUGACUGCAGACACAUCUGGGUGAAUAGGUGCCCUCUGACUCCUUCACUGUUCUUGGGAGUCCUCCCUCCGCCCACGAAAGCUGCCAGCUUCAUGUUAGAAGGUAAACUGUCCAGAGAGAGGACACGUUUGUCAAGGACCUCCAAGUAGCUGUGCUUCCAUUGGGCCAUCAAACAAGGUUAGGAGGACCUUUAAGUGUUUGAUGAUCAACCGAACACAUGAACAGGUUUCUAUUCAUGGGCAAAAA